AUUGUGUGGGUAUAUGCGAUUCAGGGGGAGGCGGCUGGCAUGGACAGUUUAAAUAGGGCAGCCGAAGAAUUAAGGAGCACACAGUUUCCCUCCGAACUCCUGAAAAGGUGCUCAGUGAAGAGGACACGGAAAAUGUGGGCUUGGACCGGCUGCUUCCCGCUGCUCCUGGUGGCCGUUGGUUUGGCUGCAGGGGCCAGGGAUGGAGAUGUGAGGCUGGUGGGGGGCCAGCGGUCCUCCGAAGGCCGUGUGGAGGUGUUCUACGGUGGGCAGUGGGGGACGGUUUGUGACGACGGCUGGGGCAUAGCUGAGGCACAGGUGGUGUGCCGCCAGCUCAAUUUCCCUGGUGCUCUGUCCGCCGUCUCAGGUGGCACGUAUGGCCAAGGAUCUGGGGCCAUCUGGUUGGACGAUAUGGAGUGCACAGGGGACGAGAGUGACUUGCCCAGCUGCUGCUUCAAAGGCUGGGGGGUCUCUGACUGUACCCACAGUGAGGAUGCAGGGGUUGUCUGUGACCGAGAUACUGCCCUUAACAACGUGCAUGUCUAUGCCGUGGAUGACGGCCUGAACUUGUCAGAGAAGCUGGGUAGGCUGUGGGACAGUGGCAUUGGCUGCGACUUCAGCAUUGUGGUGCAGAGUCCCAACAGGGACCCAGCAGAUGAGACCUUCUGCACCCAUCGCUUCAUCCUGUCCCUGGACCCGGACUUCACCUUAGUCAGCUCCUUGCAGAGAUCCAGCAACCUCACCAUGUUGGUCAGCUCGGCCUGCCGUCCCUACGUCUCCAGCUUCCUCAGGUAUCUGUAUACCAGGCAGAUUGGUAUAACCAUCGCCUCAGUCCUGUGCCUCCACCAGAUGGCGUCAGAGUUCAGGGUAAAGCAGCUUCAGGCCGAUUCAGCUCGCCUCUAUCCUUGGCUGCUGCCCGAGGACGAUACCUUCAGCUCCCCAUUGUCCAUGUAUGAUGACGGUAUCCGCACAGGGGACCGAGUGCUGCAGGAGGUCUGUCUGCAGUACCUGGCCUGGAACUGUGAGGCGCUGAUCAACUCCACAGCUUGGAGCACUUUGUCCACAGAGACCCUGCAGGCUCUCCUAUCCCGCUCUGACGUGAUAGUGCCAGAUGAACCCUUCCUGCUAAAUGCCUUGGAGAGCUGGUUCAUGGCCAGUGGCAAUGAAACCGAGCCAAGCACCGUGGCCGCCUUACUGAACAACAUCCGCUUCUCCAUGAUCUCGGCCGACACUCUGUAUGAUCUCCAGUUCACCUCAGACACAUACAAGAAGUACACGGCGCUCUACGAUGCGGACAUGGUGGAAGGCUACCCAUUCCACGUCCUGUCAUUCCAGAAGCUGAAGACGCACAUGGACAGUGUGGAUGUGGGGUACUCCCCCAGGACCUACACCGGAAGCCCAUGGGGUUACAUCAUCAGUGCCACGGAAAUCAGCAAUUACAAGCAAAGCAACUUCAACAACCCUUAUAAUGGUUGGUACAAUGGUUUCAGCAGGUCUUUUACGACCCCUGCAUUUAACAAUGCCCUCUUCCAGGAUAAGAUGAUGACCUGGACUGUGGAGAUCUACUUCUCCGCAGAGGAGUGUGCACGCAGAGGGUACACCUGUAAUUCGGGCCUAGCAGCCCGGCUCUACCCCAGUAGCUAUGUGCAGAAUUAUGAAGGAAUCGGCUACAAUAACAGGGUCGUCAUGGUGUGUGACACUGGUUACAUCUUCCACGUUCAAGAUUUCAAGGACAACAUUGUGUACCUCCCAGCGAACAGCACGACGGGUCAGGCCUACCCCUGUUUCACUGACCAAUAUUCAUUCCAAUUUGUUGUUCGUCCCCAGUAUAAAAUGUAGUGGUUUACAGUGAAUGCCUUUCUCUGGGCGUAAAUGCAUAUAAAGUCUGCUCUUCUUCUCUACUAUUCUCUGUUUGCAGUGAUCUUUUCAUCUACUAAAUUAAACAGUAACUCAUUAAACUUCUACCAAUGGUUUUUAUGUUAUAUACCAGUUAAAAUAUCAACAUUUUAGACUUUAAAACAUAAUCGUUUACCCAUGGUUAAUAAAAACAUUUGAUUUUUCUGUUUGCUAUCAAAAUCAGUAUCACCGUGUAAUCAAAAAAUAAUUCUUUACCAAAGCUUUCUGUAAUACAUUGAGAACAGACAUAUUUUUCAAUAGAUCGUUUGCAGCACUUUCAAAGAUUCUACUGUGUUUCUGAGUAAAUAAAGUUGUCUUGGGGUGA